AUGAGCGACGAUGUGGUGUGGCACUGCAUCCGCCACGGCCACUGCAGCUUCAUGGCCAAGAUCGAGACGGGCAUCUUCUGCAGGAAUCCCUACAACGUGACGGGCAUCUGCAACCGGAGCUCCUGUCCCCUCGCCAACAGCCGCUACGCCACCAUCCAAGAUCACGAUGGAAUUUUUUACUUGUACAUGAAAACUGCGGAAAGAGCUCAUGUGCCAAAUAAAUUGUGGGAGAGGGUUAAAUUGCCAAGGAACUAUGAGAAAGCAAUAGAAGUUAUCAACAAGCAUCUUGAAUUUUGGCCACAGUUACUUGUGCAUAAAAUCAAGCAGCGCCUGACAAAAAUGACUCAGUAUCGAAUAAGAAUGAGAAAACUUCAACUGAAAGUGAGGGAGAAGUUAAUGACCGUACCCAGGAAGAAAACUCAGAUUGGUAACAUGAAAGCGAGCAAAGCUGAACUGGCUGCAAAAAUAGAUAAUUGUAUUCAAAGUGAAUUACUCGAACGUCGGAAGAAAGGCAUAUAUUACCCCUUCGACAACAUUGUUGAACAUGAUGGAAAAAAUGUUGUUUUUGUGCCAGAAGAUGAAGAAGAAUAUGAGAUGGAGUACAUUGAGCCUGAUGAGAUCCAAAUGGAAAUGGAGGACAUCGAAGACUUUGAAGGCCUUCAUAAUGGUGAAGAUGGUUAUACAGAUGCUGAUGAUGAUCUUUUAGAUGAGCAAGCAGCAAAGAAACAAAAGAGAUCAAAGAUAGGGAAGAGGUCUAGGAAGGUUACGAGUGAGCUGGAACAAGAUGAAGACACGGAUGGAAGACGAAGGAUGCUUGUGUGA